AUGGAGUCGGUGGCUCUGUACAGCUUCCAGGCGACGGAGAAGGAUGAGCUGCCCUUUCGGAAAGGGGACACCCUGAAGAUCCUCAACAUGGAGGAUGACCAGAACUGGUACAAGGCUGAGCUGUACGGCUGCGAGGGCUUCGUCCCCAAAAACUACAUCAAGGUCAAGCCGCACCCGUGGUACGCGGGCAGGAUCUCCCGGCACCUGGCAGAGGAGCGGCUCCUCAAGCGCAAACACCUGGGAGCCUUCCUGAUCCGGGACAGCGAGAGCACCCCGGGGGAGUUCUCCGUCUCCGUCAA